AUGGAUCAGGAGGUUGAGGUCCCUUCCUAUUUUGUGUGCCCAAUAUCGAUGCAAAUCAUGCGGGAUCCCGUUACAGUCUGCACGGGCGUCACCUACGAAAGGGAGAGCAUAGAGAAAUGGAUAUAUAAGUUACGGAAGAACACCUGCCCCGCCACAAUGCAAGUCCUUCACAACCGGCAGCUCACACCCAACCACACCCUUCGGCGGCUCAUUCAGCAGUGGUGCAUCGCCAACUCCUCUAUGGGCGUCCCACGCAUCGCUACACCAGACUCACCCGUGGACGCCGAUCAGCUCAACGAAUUGCUACGAGACAUUGAGGUCAGCCCAGAGCCGCCGUUUCGACUGAACGCCUUGAAAAAACUGAGGUCGUUGGCCGACAAAAGCGAGACCAACAAACGGUUCAUCGCUUCGUCGAAAGCACCGGCUGCCUUGAUCUCUGUCAUUGAAAACCAGUCCACAGAAGCUGACGAAACCGGAUGCUUCUACGAUGUUGCGGUGGCGUGCGUAGAAGCCUUGCGGAUUCUCCAUUCUCUUCACUUGUCCGACGAGGUUGUAGAGACUCUUGUCUCUACCAGAUGCCUGGCUUCCCUAGGCUCUAUUCUCAAGAGGGGCACCUCAAAAGCCCGGUUUCAUGCCGCCGUGCUAUUACAGAAAGCGUCAAUGAAAAGCGUGCAACAGAUUGUAAUGAACAGCAACGAUGACCUGAUAGAAGGGUUGCUGGAGAUGGUGACGGAAGAAGUGUGCCACAAAGCUACAGUGGCUGCCCUGCAAGUGUUAACCACAAUGAGCAUCAACAGCCGGCGCAGCAGAAUGAAAACCAUCGAGGUGGGCGCAGUCUCAAUCUUGAUCGAAUCGCUUCCUGAACAGACAUCGGAAAGGAAGAGCACCUGCGAGUGGAUGUUAUGUCUUCUCGACGUGUUAUGCAGAUGUGCCGAAGGAAGGGUUGCCAUUGUCGGCCACGCCAUGGGCAUCCCUGCGAUUUGUAAGAAAAUAUUUAGAGUAUCUCAAUCGGCUACUGAGAAAGCUGUUCGAAUCCUUUGGUCUCUUUGCCGAUUUUGUCCAUCUGAGCGUAUUUUGAGGGAGAUGUUGCAUGUCGGCGCCGUGACGAAGCUUUGCAUGGUCCUGCAGGCCGACUGCACCCCUAAAACAAAGUGCAAGGCAAAGGAGAUGCUCAAUCUGCAUGGUAACUGCUGGAGGAGCUCAUCUUGCGUUCCCUCAAGGAUGUAUCCUUCGAAAUAA